UCCAAAGCAGCGUUUGCCAACACUGAAUCUUGUUUUGGAAAUGCAACCACAAUUAAUUGUUUACCUCAAAUAAAGUACACAACCACAAUUAAAUGACGUGAUGGACCAGAAAGGCGCAUCGGGAAGUCGUUCGACCCGGCUAUCCCAAGGAAAAGUCACCCAUGCGCAUCAGGCCGCUGCGGAAAUUCGGCGAAGUAACAUCAUCGAGGACAUGGCCAAAAUAUGCGAAGCCGAUCGCCAGACUAGCUCCUUCGCUCAAAGGACUCAAGGUAUCGAGCGGCCUUCGGCUGACAACAGUGGCUUCGUCGCCGUGGAGUACCUUAUUCUGGCCAGCGCUGAGCCCACGCCCGAGGAGCGGGUUGAGAUGAUCAUGCUGGACUUUUGCUCGUCUCCAACUUACACAGAGGAUGAGGAUGAGCCUAGCUAUGAGUCGGAGCCGUGGUUUCGAUUUCGCAAGAAAAGGAUCAAAACUUACGGUCGGAAGAGAGAUACAAAAGGCCAUAUGGUUGUGCAGCACGAGGAGCCCAGUAGUUCCUCGGCCCUCUCUGUACAGAGGGAUCCCAAUACUUCGUUGACCUCUGUGGCUUGUGACUUCGAUGCUGCGGCAUCGCAGAGGAUACACGAGGUCCUGUUAAACCUAAGUCAAUAUCUUUCGGUGAGCGCGACCGAUUCCAGUCCCACUCCUUCCGUCCCAUCGCAAAUAGAUCUUCCAACCGAAGCCGGGCGAGAUCCUGAGAAUCCCCCGAAUUCUGUAGACCACCAAGUUAACCUUUCAGAUACAAAUUUGGAAGAUGAGUGUUUGAACACUGAAGUGAUGAACUUGAGAGACGACCUGUUGGAGAACGGAUUUACCUUCGAGGCCUCUAUGUGUGACAAUGAGCCGGAAGGAACUCUGGCAGACACUCUCUUUGGCGAUACCAGGCAAGCGAUCUCCACCAUGCAUCCCCAAUUGGAAACAGGAGAAUGUAAAGUUUGGUCUGAUGCAGACUCAGUACUGAAAAAGACCGAAAAAAUGUCAUUAGAUGUUUUGAAGGAACAAAUGCAAGCGGAACAUCCUCUAGAUGAGAAUACGAACCUAAUAUUGAAAGGCAUCCCAAUGAGCGAAUGGCAAACUCCAAUGGAGCUGCCAGAGAAAUCCAAAGAGCUAAUCAACCAUAUACCCGAAGAAAAGGUAAAGUUGGAGCCAAGUUCUCAGAAAAAGCAUGAACGUAGCAAUGAUUCAAAUGAAUCAAAGUUUAGAGCAGUCUCAAACAAAGAAAGCGAUAUUGCCAAAGAAAGGGGAGGUGCUAUGGUCGUGGACAAGUCUAAAGAGAAUGAACAUUUUUUAAACGACGGUGAUCUUCUUCAGGAGUUUCUGUUUAAUGAAUGGAACCCAAUACAGAGUUUUGAAGGCCCAUCGACAUCGAAGGACGCAAUUGAAGUGCAUAAGAAAGAGAUCAAUUCAAUGAAGCCUGACGACGAGCAGCAACCAGAGAAGAAGACACCCAAUAAAAGUCAGUCCUCAGGUCAUAAAAUUGUUGGCUUUCGAAAAACGCCCUAUAAAUUUAUUGAGGUUUCGGAAGAAAUGAAACUUAAAGGCGAAAAGUUUGUAGCCCAAGUUGUAUCUGAUUUAUAUCAGUCUACUCAAAAGUGCCACUCAGUCACUGAGGAAUACUCCGCUAAUCAUAGUCAAGUGAUGAAAUCAACAUCUAAACCCAUCGAAACAUUGGAUGUUACCAACAAGGAAGCAAAGCUUGAGGUUGGAGAAAUAAAUGCCAAAUGCAGUCCUCUGAAAAAGGAGAGCAUAGCAGAGCCCGAGUUUUCUGGCUUCCGUACAGCCUCAAAUAAAGCAAUUGUAAUUUCUGAAAAGAUGAAAAUGAAAACUGCAGAGUUUAUGACUGAGUUUCAGUCCGCGGAAUCCAAUCAGCAAAAUGGUUAUGAAGUCAAUCAGCCAAAUGACACGAAAUCAAUUGAGAUUUCAAAGGAAAUGCCAUCGAAGGUUUCCAAGUUGGUCAUUGAUAUUAAAAUGGAAGAACCACAUGACUCCAAUGAAUCAACGUUUAUAGGCUUUAGAACAGCGUCAAACAAGGCCAUUGAGAUUACCGAGGCGAUGGAGAGGAGAGGAGCCAUGUUCCUGGCCCAGUCAAAGGCUACAGACCAACAAGACGCAGAACUUACUGAGGAGCUCGUUUUUAGUGAAUGGCAGCUAAGCGAUCUUCCUGAUGUUGACCUAACUGUAGCUCCAGUAAAUGUUGAAAAAAACAAUACUGUGGAUAUGAAAACUAGAACUGAGAGCGAGUUAUUUGGCUUUCGCACGGCCUCAAACAAAGGAAUUGUGAUUUCUGAAAAGAUGAAAAUGAAAACUGCAGAGUUUAUGGCUGAGUUUCAGUCCGCAGAAUCCAAUCAGCAAAAUGGUAAUGAAGUCCAUCAGCCAAAUGACACGGAAUCAAUUGAGAUUUCAAAGGAAAUGCGAUCGAAUACCUCCAAGUUGGUCGUUGAUAUUAAAAUGAAAGAACCAUAUGAACCCACAAAUGCCCAGGAUUGCUGUGACUCCAAUGAAUCAACGUUUAUGGGCUUUAGAACAGCGUCAAACAAAGCCAUUGAGUUUACCGAGGCGAUGGAGAGGAGAGGAGCCAUGUUCCUGGCCCAGUCAAAGCAGCCUAGUGAUCUUCCUGAUGUUGCAUCCACCUCUAAUGACCUAACUGUAACUCCAAUAAAUGUUGAAAAAACCAAUACAGUGGAUACGAAAGCCGCUUUUGAAAGCGAGUUUUUUGGUUUUCGCACGGCCUCAAAUAAAGGAAUUGUGAUUUCUGAAAGUACGAAAGUCAAAGCUGCGCAGUUUAUGAGUGAAUUUCAAGCCGUUGGCCCAAGUACUGACUCAACCAAACCAAUUGGGAUCCCUGAGGAAUCGAAAAGUACUUCUGCCCAGUUCGUGGAGGAAGUGGUGGCAGAAGACAGUCCCAGCAAAGCACCCAUUUGCGAUGUACAAAGUCAAGGAAAUACCUCAGCUAUUGAGCACUUCCAUCGCAACUCCUCCGUAGAUCGUUCGGCAAAGAAAGAGCAUCCGAGGACGCCCAAGAGGUCCCAGGAGAUCCACUCCUCCCUAUCGCAACUUGCCGGCAUAUCCCCACUGGAUCAGGCCACCAAGAAGUCCGUGAUAGAGCGCCGAAAUAUCCUGACACUGAAGAGAAGACGAAAGAUCACCUCGUCAACUGCAACUUCUGCAGCAUGUGCCUCGCCGGCUGUGGAGCGAUUCGCACCCAUGCCCGCUGCGACAAGUACUCCGCUGGCUGCCAGGAAUUCAAAUCUCCCCGAGGACUGCACAAAGGAUAGGCAGAGUGUGGAGGACAUGUCACCUAUUUGCAUGCAACCCAGAAAGAGUCGAAGACUUGGUUUGAGUGGACGCCGCUAUUAGGUGCAUUAUACCCAACAGAUUUAAGCCGCUGGUCGAUUUAAAUGGGUAGAUACUUAGUUGAAUUAAAGUAUGACAUAUUGAAUGAGUCACUUAGUCACAUUGCCUUGAUAUAAGUUAUUAUAAUAAGCGUUUUUGUUGUAGCAUACACCGUAUAAGGAAA